GUCCGUUCGUCCGUACAUGUCCACGCUUGCUCCGUCCGGGCUUCCAUACUUCGCCUCGUUCUCGCUCUCAGUCGGUCCUGCAGCGAAGAUGGCGGAAGCUCCCCCACGGCCCUGCCGGUUCUUCUGUCACCGGUGCUCAGAAGAGAUCAGCCCUCGGCUCCCGGAUUAUAUCUGUCCACGGUGUGAGUCUGGCUUCAUCGAGGAGUUACCUGGAGAAGGAAGUGCAGAGAAUGGGUCCACAUCUACAGCCUCUAAUGACCAAAAUCGCCCCUCAUUUGAGAAUGUGGACCAGCACUUGUUUACGUUCCCACAUGGAUAUGGGCAGUUUGCUCUGGGGAUCUUCGAUGAGGGCUUCGAAUUCAGGGCAGGUUUGCCAGGGGAAGAUAACCGUGACGCAGAGAACCGCAGAGAACGGGAGAUGGCCUCACGACAGCGGUACGGGGCGAGACAACCACGGGGACGGCACCUUCCCCGGAGACAAGGGACGCGGCAUGAGGGUGUACCAACUUUAGAAGGAAUCAUUCAGCAGUUAGUUAACGGAAUUAUCGCUCCGACAGCUAUGCCAAACAUGGCGAUGGGGCCAUGGGGAAUGCUUCAUUCCAACCCAAUGGACUAUGCAUGGGGUGCCAAUGGAUUAGAUGCCAUCAUAACACAGUUAUUAAAUCAGUUUGAAAAUACGGGUCCCCCUCCAGCAGACAAAGAGAAGAUUAAGAGUCUCCCUACAGUCCAGAUAAAACAGGAGCACGUGGGUGCUGGUCUAGAGUGCCCUGUUUGUAAAGAAGACUACAGCGCAGGAGAGAACGUUAGACAACUUCCCUGCAAUCAUCUCUUUCAUAACGACUGUAUAGUUCCCUGGCUCGAACAGCAUGACACGUGUCCGGUAUGCAGGAAGAGUUUGAGCGGGCAGAACACAGCCACGGAUCCACCUGGCCUAUCAGGGAUGAAUUUCUCCCCCUCUUCCUCCUCCUCUUCCUCCUCCAGCUCUCCAAGCAAUGAGAACGCCUCCAAUAACUCGUAAGACCUCAGCCCACAUCCUGAACACAUCGACACAUCAUCAUCUCAGCCCCACAGCGCCGGCCUGGCCAACACCGCACCCUUUCCCUUCCAGCAGCGACUCAGAGCUGGACUGAUCUCGAACUCGGUGGAACCAGCGGCCGGAGCUAAACGCAAACCUCUGAACCUGCUCAUCACUAACACACAUUUUACUGGCUGGAGACAGGUCAGAGAGCACGCCAAACCCAGAAGAGAAAAAUACACUCUCAUAUUGCUUCAGACAGCGUUUUGUUUCUUUCUUUUUUUUUAAACCGUUGAACUUCAGAGCGAUCAUUCCUCAAGGUUUGGGCGCACACAGCGGGCAGACGGCAGCACCUGUCCGCGUGACGUGGUUUUAAUCAGCAGAAAGCAUGAGAAAAAUGCUGAGAAAAAGAGAGAGGAUGUUGCGCAGUGCUGAACUGCACGAUGACGGUGGCAGAUCUGAAGACACACGAAGUUGAACUGCGUUUUAGAAGCAGACUUUGUGUCUCUCGGGAGGGACGCGUUCGAAUAGAACGUAUUGUUUUUUUAUCAUUUGAUUUUUAUUUUACGGAUAAAAGUGGUUGAUAUGUGAGCGUGCGUAUGGGUGAAUCUCACAAAACCAGUCAUGGUUACAUUUCACCCCAAAAUCAGAAGAAAUGAAAUAAGAAACUGUAUUUCUGCUAAAGCUCAAGCCUAUUUUAGAACCUUUUUUUCAUAACAAUUAAAGGAUUAGUUCACUUCAGAAUUCAAACUUCCUGAUAAUUUACUCACCCCCAUGUCAUGCAAGAUGUUUAUGUCUUUCUUUCUUCAGUCGAAAAGAAAUGAACGUUUUUGAGGAAAACAUUCCAGGAUUUUUCUCCAUAUAGUGGACUUCACUGGGGAUCAACAGGUUGAAGGUCCAAAUGUCAGUUUCAGUGCAGCGUCAAAGAGCUCUACAUGAUCCCAGACGAGGAAUAAGGGUCUUAUCUAGUGAAACAAUUGGCCAUUUUCUAUUUUCAUAUCCUUUUUAACCACAAAUGCUUGUCUUGCACUGCUCUGUGAUGCUCCACGCAUUACGUAAUCACGUUGGAAAGGUCACGCGUGACAGGCAGAAGUACUGAUCCAGGGUCUACAAAGCAAACGGCCUUUACAAAAAAAGGUAAAACAAUGAUGUUGGAUGAUUUUGAAGUUGGAGGUGAAUUUUUCACCCUACCGCAGUACUUUUGCCUACGUCACGUGUGACCUUUCCAACAUGCUUACGUAAUGCGUGGCACAUUGCAGAGCGGUGCAAGAUGAGCAUUUGUGGUUAAAAAGUAUAUAAUUUUUUUUUUUUUUUUUUUUUUUUUUUUUUUUAGAAAAUAAGACCCUUAAUCCUCGUCUGGGAUCAUGUAGAGCUCUUUGAAGCUGCACUGAAACUGACAUUUGGACCUUCAACCCGUUGAUUCCCGUUUAAGUCCACUAUAUGGAGAAAAAUCCUGGAAUGUUUUCCUCAAAAACCUUCAUUUCUUUUCGACUGAAGAAAGAAAGACAUAAACAUCUUGGAUGACAUGCGGGUGAGGAAAUUAUCAGGAAAUUUUAAUUUUGAAGUGAACUAAUCCUUUAAGCACAGUGCAAAAAACGUCUCAUUACCAUAAUGCCAAAAGUCUGAAUCUCAUUAUUGUAGUGUUUCAAUUUUUUGAAAUUGAGACAUAUUUAUAGAUCAUGGUAUUUGUUGCACAGCCUUAAAUUAUAAUUAUAAAUCAGUUUAUUACAGAAUUUUUUUUAUUGUAAUAUUGUAAUACAGUAAUAACAAUCACUAUUUAGAAUAAUAAUAAUACAGUAAAACAGCUGAAUGCACUAUGGUAAUGAGAAAUUUGGGUAAAUAUAUGCUUAAUUCUCAUGAAAAUAAGCAAAGUAAAGGCAUUUUAAGAAUAAUGUUUUUUUUUCUUUUUCUUUUGAUUUUGUGGUUAAAUAAAACCUGGACAUGUUUUUGUGAUUCACCCAUUUAGUCAUAUUUAUUGAAAACAUGAAAAAAUAAAAAUAGAACUGCGUCAUUGUGAAAAGCCAACCGAUCCAAGAACAUCUGUGGCAGAGGAAAACACUGAUGCAGGUUCCUCUCCUCGUAUUUAUUUGCACAGUAUUUCUUGUUUUGCGGAGAUUAUUAGAACCCUGAACAAAGUGUGAAUUUUUUUUGGCAACAUUUUAUAUGAUUUUCUACAUUUAGCAUCAACCUUAAAGCUCAUUAGAAAAAUAGAUUUUCUCUCUUUCACCCUGCAAUUUUUGGGCCUCUAUCCAGACGGCACACGGCCCGAUAACAUGAUGAAAUCUCUCUCUCUUUCUCUCACUUUUUUUUUUUUUUUUUUUUUUAAAUAUUUUUAUCUCUCACAUUCAGUUGUCUUCUCUCAGUCUGCCACACAUAUUCAGUGACUUUCAGUUCAAGGCAACUUUUUUUUUUUAACUUAUUUUAAGUUAAAUGAUUUGUUUUUGUAAAUGAUAAUAAAGGAGAAGAACAAAUGAA